AUGUCAAUCCUUCACGAACCCGCGUUUCAACUUUUUAGUUUCCAGGAAAUUGUUUUGAUGGGACAGGAAACAAGAAAACUUUCAGAUGAAUAUGAAGUUUCAGACAUUCUUGGAAGAGGUGGAUUCUCAGUUGUCAGGAGAGGGAUACUGAAGUCAAGCGAAGAUGGAAGGCAGGUAGCCAUCAAGACACUGAAAAGAUUAGGCCCAUCAAUUCCAUCAGGAAUUCCUAGGUCUAGUGGAGGCAGUGAGCGAAGCAUUGCUUCCUUGAACUUUCCGACAUGGAGGCAGGUUUCUGUGUCUGAUGCUUUACUUGCAAAUGAAAUAUUGGUUAUGAGAAAGAUAGUAGAGAAUGUAUCGCCGCAUCCGAAUGUGAUCGACCUCUAUGAUGUUUAUGAGGAUCAAAAUGGGGUGCAUCUAGUGUUGGAGCUUUGUUCUGGUGGAGAGCUGUUUGACAGGAUAGUGGCUAAAGACAAGUACUCGGAGGUUGAAGCAGCAGCUGUAGUUAAGCAGAUUGCAGAAGGGUUGGAAGCUCUUCACAGGGCUAAUAUUGUUCAUAGAGACUUGAAGCCAGAGAACUGUCUUUUCUUGAGUAAAAAUAAUGAUUCUACUUUGAAGAUUAUGGACUUUGGGCUGAGUUCUGUCGAAGAAUUCACCGAUCCGGUUGUUGGGUUGUUUGGUUCCAUUGAUUAUGUCUCACCAGAAGCUCUUUCUCAAGGCAGAAUUAGCUCUAAAACUGAUAUGUGGUCUUUGGGAGUAAUCUUGUAUAUUCUGCUCUCAGGGUAUCCACCGUUCAUUGCUCAAUCCAACAAGCAGAAACAACAAAUGAUACUGGCUGGUGAAUUCAGUUUCUAUGAGAAGACCUGGAAGAACAUUACUUCAUCAGCAAAACAACUGAUUACUGAUCUCCUGCAAGUUGAUCCUGACAGAAGACCAAGUGCUCAAGAUGUUCUAAGCCAUCCUUGGGUGAUAGGAGAUUCGGCAAAAGAGGAACAAAUGGACCCGGAGAUUGUCUCGAGACUGCAGAGCUUUAAUGCGCGCCGCAAACUCCGUGCUGCAGCAAUAGCUAGUGUGUGGACUAGCACCAUUUUCUUAAGAACCAAGAAGUUAAAAUCUUUACUAGGGUCACAUGACCUUAAGGAGGAUGAAAUUGAGAAACUCAGGAUACAUUUUUCCAAAUUGUGUGCAAAAGGUGAUAAUGCUACUCUAUCCGAAUUCGAGGAGGUGCUGAAAGCGAUGAACAUGUCAUCCCUGAUCCCAAUGGCACCCCGCAUCUUCGAUCUAUUUGACAACAACCGCGAUGGAACAGUUGACAUGAGGGAGAUACUAUGUGGUUUCUCCAGCCUCAGGAACUCUCAAGGAGAUGAUGCUCUCCGUCUGUGCUUCCAGAUGUAUGAUACAGACCGAUCUGGGUGCAUCACGAAGGAAGAAGUAGCAUCGAUGCUCAGAGCUUUGCCCGAGGACUGCCUCCCAGCAGAUAUUACAGAACCAGGGAAACUAGACGAAAUAUUCGAUAGGAUGGAUGCCAACAGUGAUGGAAAAGUCACCUUUGAUGAGUUCAAAGCUGCAAUGCAGAGAGACAGUUCCCUUCAAGAUGUAGUCCUCUCAUCACUUCGGCAACGAUAA